AUGGAUAAUCCCGUAGAUAAACCGUCCGCCCGUCGGCGAACAACCCGCUGCAGUCCCUCCCAACGGCUACUACUUCCAGCGCCGGCACAGCGGUUCCUCGGGGCGACGAUGCUUCUACUGCUGCUCACAGCGUCCGUCGUACAGACAGGACCCGUGAUCCGAUCGCGCCGCAUGAUCCGCGAGAUCUACGUUGAAAACUCGGCCGCCACGGUACCAGAAAACACACCAGAGCUGUCAAGCAGUAGCAGUAGCAGUACCAACGCCACGACGAGUGACAUGUGCCUGUACGACGGGUCGUACGUCGAGCGGUCGGCGAUUGCGUGCGAAAAGAAGCACGGUUGCCGUGCGAUCCAGAAAACCGGCGAAUGCUGUCCGGACUAUCAGUGCGAAUGCCAACGGGAUGGCAAAACGUACGCCACCGGCGAGAAAGUGUUCGACCCGAAUACACCGUGCCGAUCCUGUUACUGUCAGGGCGGUGAAAUCACCUGCAGCGUGGUGAGCUGCUACAAGCGAAACGACUGCGACCCGAAGUACAUCCCCGGCCGGUGCUGCCCAGAGUACGACAACUGUCCACCGCUGGAAAACUUCAAAAUAACAGAAUCGUCCACCACAAACACAAAGGAUGCGGUUGUCGACGGUGCGGAGGAAACGAACGAGGUGAAGGGCAACUAUGCCGCCGAGGCGGAGGACCUUCUGGCAUCUGGUGGACUUCAAAAGCAGCACGCUCCGGUAACGGUACCGACGACGACGACGACGACGACGUCAACAACCCUCGGUCCAGCGAUGACAAACGAGAAUCCGCUCGGUAUUAAGAUCAAAGAAAUCACCAAACCGGAAGAGAUUCGUCUGACCGACAACCGACCGAGCGCCGGCGAGCAGCAAAUGCAGCAGCAACAGCAGUUCGCGAUGGCGGCGGCGGCGGCAGCGGCAGCGGCGGCCGCAGCCGGACGCAACACGACACCGGAGCCCUCUACAUCUCAGAGCGAGGAACUGGUGAACCUCGAGCACCUGGACGUGAACGUACCGGACGACGACGGGGAGAAUGGGACGAAAAUCGUGCGCCACACCGACGGUGACGGUGUGCGAUCGGAGGAGGACACCGUGCGCAAGGAGCCGUCGUCGAGCGAGGAAACGCAAAAGGUAGCCGGUUCGGUGGUGGAAAACCGCCUGGAGUCGGGCGAAUCGUCCACCACGGCCGGAGCCAUUUCCUCGUCGACGCUUUCCGAGUCGGACGAGUGGUUGGACGUGAAGGAGGUCGCCGAAUCGUCCUCGAGCUGGGCAUCGACGUCGGGACCAUCGUUUGGGCUCUCCUCAACCGCCGCUCCACCGAUGGCUCCCUCUACCAGCGGGCCACCAGCUGUGGCACAGGAGGAGCACGAGGAAGGCGCAUCCGAGAGCAGCAUGAAACUAUCGAAACCGGAAAAUGCGCUCCCAGCGGUGGUUCAGAUCGGUGAUAAGCUGGUGAUUGUCGAUCACAACCAGCCGAAACCGAUCACCGUCAUCCAGGUGGAGGAGGUGGAAGGUUUGCAGCGUGGCGAGGACGACACCGUGUACGAUCAGGAGGCAUACACCGAGCGAAGCCAUCAUCACGCGGCCGAGAGUGGUCGCGAAUCGUCGAAGAAACUGAAGCUUCACAGCUCGGCCGAACAGGAGCAGGAAACGCUGUCAACGCAGGCCGAUUCGAGUGGUUCGUACGAGACAAUCUACCAUACCGGUUCGUCGGAACAGGUGAACGCUCCCGUGUCCUCGGAGGAGAUUUUCGAAACGCAACUCUAUACCGAAGGCCCCGAAGAUGCCGCACCCGGAGUGGUGAAUGACACGCAACCGCAACAGGGAGAACCUCUCUCGGUCAGCCGGGAGGACUUCCUGCACAUGGAUCCAGCGCUGGAACCGGCCAAGCUGCAGCAGGAGCAGGAAGACCACACCGUGGGCGCUAGUGGAGCCGGUGGAAUAAGCUCGGCGUUCGGCAGCACCGAAGAGGGCAGUACCACCAUGUCCGACAUGUCGGGCGUUUCGUUCAGCUCGGAAGCUUCCGGCGACGAGAUGAUCUACGACACGCACUUCUACACCGAAGGUCCGAACACCUCGUCCGAGGAAGCGAAAGAGCAGAAGCUGACGGCAGCGACCGGUACCGAGGAGACGUCAACCGUCGGCAGCACGUACGUGCCACGAAACCCUCCGGCGGUCGCCGACGAGCUAACGCCCCAGACGUACAUCGAGGACAACGAGCCCGAACUCAUCCAUCCCGGGUUCCAGCCGAUACCGGAAGAUUUUAGCCUCCCGCAGCUCGACCAGCCCGCGAUGGAGAUGGGUGACAUGAUGGACCACCACCACGCAGGGGCAGCAGCAGCGUCACCGAAGCAGGUUCCCAAAAAGCAGGAGAAAAUUCUCUCAGAAGUGCUUGAACUGAAGUCGAACGGUAGUGUCUCCACGGCCCAUCCGGAAGUAUCUUCGUCCACCGAGGGGGGUCCUUCGGAGCUUGAAGAAUCUUCCAACUCUCCCGCCUGGCUGAAGGAAGACCCCCAGCCACAGCUGAGGGCGCCCGGUGAACCGCUCCUCAUCCCCGAAUGGGAACGCAAAAACGGAACCAACAGUACCAGCUCGGAGGAAGAUCUCACGUCCGCUGGUGAGGAUAUGCGCGUGCUGAAGAUGGAUUCGGAGGAAUACGACGAUACGGUUGGACUGCUAUCGACCACAGUCGCACCCUCAGCGAAGGCCGAAGUGCGCUCCGAAGAGGCCAACGACGACGACGACGACGAUGAUGAUAAUGCCGGCAAGUCGGCAAGCUCCGUCGAACAGGCAACAUCGUCCGGAUCGGCGAAAUCGGUUCUGGACAUCGACGGCCCGGCGUCGGCGAGCGCGACCGAUGGUCAGGGAUCGGACACGGUGAACCACAAUCCAAAGAAUGACGUUGAGAGUUUGAAGGCCGAUGAGGACGAGAACAAUGCCACCGCCGACGAAGCGGUUCCGAAGAAGGUGCAACAGUUGGAAGCGGGCGAGCAGGCGGCGCAUGGUCCCACGCUGACCAGCGUUUAGAUAGAGGAUGUAAGAUCGAUGCCAUGCAUGUAGCAGCAGAGACAAAUAGAGUGUGAGAGACAAGUAGAGUUGGGCCACGGAGAAAACCUUGGAGCCCGUCA